CUUUUUGAUAUACCUAACUACCUCCCAGACCGACCGACCGUCCGUCCGUCCACCCGCAAACAUGACGGACAGCAGCAUACCCAACGGAAGCACAAAGCCAUGCGGUCGCUGCACAGAAAACCCCGCCACGCUCUUCAUCCGCGCAUCGCACUUUUGCGACACCUGCUUCAAAAAAUACAUCCGCACAAAAGUCACCAAACGCCUCGACCCCUUCAAAGUCCGCAACUCUGCCUCUCACCAACAACACAAACCCCCAACCCUCCUCCUCCCCCUCACCUUCACCCCCUCCGCCCUCGCCCUCCUCGAAAUCCUCGACUGGCACUACCGCGCCCAGAAAGCGCGCACCGGCGGCCGCGCAGGCUUCGAGUUGUUAGUCUUGUAUGUCGCCUUGCCGGCGGAGGUGAGGGAGGUGGUGGGUGCUGAGGAUGUGGAAGAAGGGGUUGUGGAUUUUGAUGUUGAUUGUGAUGGUGGAGAGGGGUUGGAACGGCGGAUCGCGCGGCUGCGGGAGAUGUUUCCGGCGCAUGAGGUUAGGGUUGUGUGGUUGGGGGAGGAGGGGGUUCCGGGGGAUUUGAAGGGGGUGCUUUUGGGGGAGGGGGGGGGUGGUGGUGAUGGUGGUGGUGAUGGUGGUGUUGGUGAUGGUAAGCUCUCGCUGGCGACGUAUCUGCGCGCCCUUCCCUCGCGGACUGCGCGUGCGGAUGCGCUUGCGCUGCUGAAGGCGCGCUUCAUCACUUCCUUUGCUACGGCCCCUUUGCCAUCCCCUCAAUCCCCUCAAUCCCCAAAACCCCCAAAACCACCAAAACCACAAGCCCAAGCCCAAACAGCCCAAACAGCCCACGCAAUCCUCCACCCCCAAACAACAACAUCCCUCGCCGAACGCACCCUCUGCGAAACCGCUAAAGGCCGCGCCUACGCCCUCCCCCACCUCACCUCCGAAGCCGCCCGCCCGCACGGCAUACCGACUUACUUCCCUGCGCGGGACCUGCUGAGGCGCGAAUUGGGUGUUUAUCUGCGUAUUGUGGGUGUGCAGGGGCGGAUGGAGGGGUUGGGGGAGUUGGUUUUUGGGGGGGAUGAUGAUUGGGUGGGAGGGAUGGGAGGGGGUAUGGAAACGGGGAGAAGAGAGCAGCCAGUGACGAAAAACACGACGAUCGAGGGGCUGAUGAGGGCGUUUUUCGAGGAUGUGGAGAGGGGGUAUCCGGGGAUUGUGGCGAAUGUUGUUAGGACUGUGGAGAGGUUUGAGAGGGUUGAGGGUGGUGCUGGUGGUGCUGGUGGGGCGAGGGAUGGGGAUGGGGAUGGGGAUGAGGGGAGGAGGUGUGUGUUGUGUCGGAUGGUGGUUUUGGAUGGGCGGUUUGGGGGCGUGGGGUGGGGUGGGGAUCAGGGGGGUGGGGAGAUGGAUGAGGAUGAGGGGGAUGGGGAGAGGAGUGAGAAUAAGGGGCGGAGGAGGUUGUGUUAUGGGUGUUCGAGGUCGGUGCCUUGAGUUGUAGGGUUUGGGCUUAGGUUUGGGCGUGUGUGGGUAUGGGGUUCAGGGGUCUGUGGUUUGUGGUUUUGAGUGGAGUUUGUGCGGCAGGGCAGGGCAUGAUAUCCUUGACUUGGGACGGACGGUAUGCAUAGAAUACGGCGGCGUGGUGAUGUUUUAGUCCAGCCCUCAGCUCAGGUACGCAGGCUGGUCUGAAGAUAGAUGAAUAGAUACUGGGAUCAUACGGCAAGGAAAACUGUCCCCAAAAAGUAAAUGUAAAAAAGAGGAGAAUCGCAAG